ACGUGCGCUGGGCCCAGGAGAAUCGAGGUUCGGCGCGGGCGGGGACGAGAAACAAUCUCGGGCACGCGGGGACGGCGGCCGGCGCGGGCGGGCGCGGCCUUUGUCUCCACCUCCAGCGCGUUCAGCUGCUGCACCGGCCCCAUGAGCCCGCGGGCCCCCGGCGCCUGGGCCACCCGCAGCACCUGACCUGCCCUGCCCUCGCCAUGGCCGAAUCCGCCUCCGGCGCCGGGGGCACGUCCCUGGAGGGCGAACGUGGUAAGAGGCCUCCGCCGGAGGGCGAGCCUGCAGCCCCGGCGUCUGGAGUUCUGGAUAAGCUUUUUGGGAAGCGGCUCCUGCAGGUGGGUCGGUACCUGGUGUCCCACAAGGCAUGGAUGAAGACAGUGCCUACAGAGAACUGCGAUGUGUUGAUGACCUUCCCAGACACGACCGAUGACCACACGCUGCUGUGGCUGCUGAACCACAUCCGUGUGGGCAUCCCCGAGCUCAUCGUGCAAGUCCGCCACCACCGCCACACGCGUGCCUAUGCCUUCUUCGUCACCGCCACAUAUGAGAGCCUACUCAGAGGGGCCGACGAGCUGGGUCUGCGCAAAGCAGUGAAGGCUGAGUUUGGCGGGGGCACCCGCGGCUUCUCCUGCGAGGAGGACUUCAUCUACGAGAAUGUGGAGAGUGAGCUGCGCUUCUUCACCUCCCAGGAGCGCCAGAGCAUCAUCCGCUUCUGGCUGCAGAACCUACGUGCCAAGCAGGGCGAGGCACUGCACAAUGUGCGCUUUCUGGAGGACCAGCCAAUCAUCCCUGAACUGGCAGCCCGCGGGAUCAUCCAGCAGGUGUUCCCAGUCCAUGAGCAGCGCAUCCUGAACCGCCUCAUGAAGUCAUGGGUACAGGCUGUGUGUGAAAACCAGCCUCUAGAUGAGAUCUGCGACUACUUUGGCGUGAAGAUUGCCAUGUACUUCGCCUGGCUGGGUUUCUACACAUCGGCGAUGGUGUACCCGGCCGUCUUUGGCUCUGUCCUGUACACUUUCACGGAGGCUGACCAGACAAGCCGGGAUGUAUCCUGCGUGGUCUUUGCCCUCUUCAAUGUGGUGUGGUCAACACUGUUCUUGGAGGAGUGGAAACGGAGGGGGGCGGAGCUGGCCUACAAGUGGGGGACGCUGGACUCACCUGGGGAAGCCGUGGAGGAGCCACGACCCCAGUUCAGGGGCGUGCGACGCAUCAGCCCCGUGACUCGGGCCGAGGAGUUCUACUACCCGCCCUGGAAGCGGCUGCUCUUCCAGCUGCUUGUGAGUCUCCCCUUGUGCCUCACCUGCCUGGCCUGCGUGUUCCUGCUCAUGCUCGGCUGCUUCCAGCUACAGGAGCUAGUGUUGAGCGUGAAGGGGCUGCCACGUCUUGCCCGCUUCCUGCCCAAAGUCAUGCUGGCCCUGCUGGUCAGCGCAAGUGCCGAGGGCUACAAGAAGCUGGCUAUCUGGCUCAACGACAUGGAGAACUAUCGGCUGGAGAGUGCCUAUGAGAAGCACCUCAUCAUCAAGGUCGUCCUGUUCCAAUUCGUCAACUCAUACCUGAGCCUCUUCUACAUUGGCUUCUACCUCAAGGACAUGGAGCGCCUGAAAGAGAUGCUGGCCACUCUGCUGAUCACCCGCCAAUUCCUCCAGAAUGUUCGCGAGGUCCUGCAGCCACAUCUGUACCGGCGGCUGGGCCGUGGCGAGCUUGGCCUGCGGGCCGCCUGGGAGCUGGCCCGUGCCCUGCUGGGCCUGCUGAGCCUCCGGCGCCCUGCACCCCGCCGCCUCGAAACCCAGGCUGAAGAGGGUGGUGGUGGCGGCAGCAGCGGGGGAGGUCGCAGGUGUCUCAGCGGGGGCUGUGGGGCGCCUGAGGAGGAGGAGGAGGCCACAGUGGAGCGGCGGCCAGCGGGAGAAGGUGGGGAGGUGGGGGAUGGGCCCCUGGGGGGCAAGGAGGAGGAGGAAGAUGAGGAGGAGGAGGAGGAUGAAGAGGAGGAGGACGAAGAGGAAGGCGAGGAGGGCAGCCUUCUGGACUGUGGGCUCCGGCUAAAAAAAGUCAGCUUUGCUGAGCGGGGGGCUGGGCGGCGGCGGCCUGGCCCAAGCCCAGAGGCCCUCCUGGAGGAGGGGAGCCCCACCAUGGUGGAGAAGGGGCUGGAACCUGGUGUGUUCACGCUGGCUGAGGAGGAUGACGAGGCUGAGGGGGUUCCGAGCAGCCCUGAGCGUGAGCCCCCGACUGUCCUGCUCCGCCGGGCCGGAGGUGAGGGCCGGGACCAGGGGCCUGAUGGGGGCCCGGACCCAGAGCAGGGCUCGGGUGACUCAGCCCGGAGGCAGCGGCGGCAGAACCGGUCAUCUUGGAUCGACCCACCUGAGGAAGAACACUCGCCCCAGCUCACCCAGGCCGAGCUCGAGAGCUGUAUGAAGAAAUACGAGGACACGUUCCAGGACUACCAGGAGAUGUUCGUGCAGUUCGGCUACGUCGUGCUCUUCUCGUCUGCCUUCCCCCUGGCUGCCCUCUGUGCCCUGGUCAACAACCUCAUCGAGAUCCGCAGCGACGCCCUCAAGCUGUGCACGGGGCUGCAGCGGCCCUUUGGGCAGCGGGUGGAGAGCAUUGGCCAGUGGCAGAAGGUGAUGGAAGUCAUGGGUGUCCUGGCAAUCGUGGUCAACUGCUACCUAAUUGGCCAGUGUGGGCAGCUGCAGCGCCUCUUCCCCUGGCUCAGCCCCGAGGCGGCCAUCGUGUCCGUGGUGGUGCUCGAGCACUUCGCUCUGCUCCUCAAGUACCUCAUCCACGUGGCCAUCCCCGACAUCCCAGGCUGGGUGGCCGAGGAGAUGGCCAAGCUGGAGUACCAGCGUCGAGAAGCCUUCAAGAGACACGAGCGCCAAGCCCAGCACCGCUACCAGCAGCAGCAGCGGCGGAGGCGGGAGGAGGAGGAGCGCCAGCGCCAUGCGGAGCAUCACGCCCGGAAGGAGCGAGACGCCAGUGGCCGGGAGGAGGCUCGGGCUGAGGGCUCUGGGCUGGACCCUACCGCCCCUGAGAAGGCCUCAGCCAAGGCCAAGGGCAGUGGGGCAGGUGGCCAUGGGCCAGAGCGGCCCAAGCGCCCAGGGUCCCUGCUGGCACCUAACAACGUCAUGAAGCUAAAGCAGAUCAUCCCGCUGCAGGGCAAGUUCCUGUCCUCCGGGGCCACGUCCUCGUUGGCUGGCACGGGGACCAGCCUUACCACCCGGCCACCCCCUGCCCAGUCGCCCACAGGCAGUGAUACCCGCCUGCCAGCCUUCCUCAGCUUCAAAUUCCUCAAGUCACCCGAGACCCGGCGGGACCCCGAACGUAGCCACUCGCCACCCAAGGCCUUCCAUGCCGGCAAGCUCUUCCCCUUCGGUGGUGCCCGAGCUGAGGCCGGGUCCAACGGGGCGGGCGGGCAGGCCCGGCAGGACGGGACUCCCAGCAGUGGCGGUGGCCGGGCCCAGCGGAGUGGGCUGGUGGACGAGGCCUCAGCUGAGGAGCCGGACACACCCCGGCCCGAAGAGGAAGGCUCAGGGACAGCGCUGGCCCCCGUGGGCGCCCCCGCCCUCCGCACCCGCCUCAGCCGGAGCCCUGCGCCGCCGCCGCCGCCAACACCGCUGCCCCGGCCCCCGACACCACCCACCGGCUGCUGGCAGUGGGACGGGCCGUGGGGCUGCGGGGGCGAGGGCGCCGCCCCCCGCCAGGCCCCUGCCGCCGCCGCUGCCGCCGCCGAGUGCCCGCCCUGCGCCCUUGCCGGGCCCCCGCCCGCCCCCCAGCCCCUGCCGGGGGACGCCAGCUUCUACAGCCUCCCGCCGCCGCCGCUGCCUCCCACCUCGGAGCCCCCGGCGCCCUCGCCCAGCCCCAGCCCCAGCCCCAGCCCCAGUCCCCAGACGGUGUGCUGGCCCAGCGGCUGGCAUUAGCUCCGCCCGCCCUGCCUUCCUGUUUUCAUAUGCAAUAUCAAUCCUGGACGGGGUGGGGGUUGCGGCCGCCACCCAGAAAUCGCCUGGGUCGGGCCAGUGUACCCCAGUGUUGGCUGCCCCUUCCUGGGGCAGGGCCAGGGGACUGGAGCCCCUCUAUCUGCCGUUUUCCUUUCGACCAGGAUGGGGGAAAGCGAAAGGAAACCCCAAAAAACCAACAGAAAACACACACAGAAUAGGUGAUUAUUUAUUUGUUUUUAAUUUAUUUUGUCAUAUUUUUGUAAAACGGCAGAGAUGCAAUAAAAAGUAUAUUUCAACAGUG